UUGUUGAUUCAUUGCAAAUCGUUUGUAAAUAAUAGGGAUUAGGAUACAGUCGUAACUAGAGGUUGUGUUAAUAAUUAUUCUUACAGUUUAAUUACGAAAAUACAAGUAUGCAGACGCGAUUACUUAGUGGAUUUUGUGUUUUACUUGUUUAUAUGGCAGGGCAGACGGCAUCACAAGAAUUGCCGAAUAGGGCAGUUCCUGUUCCAGGUAGAGGGGCACUUAAAGGGUAUUGUAAUACAAACAUCCACUGUAACAAAGAUGAAUGCUGCGUUAGUUUUGUAACACCACGUGGCAAACGCUCCCUGCCACCUGAUCUCAGACGAUUUGUUCGUGGAAAAUGUGAAAAACGGGGGAGGCCGAACUCGGAAUGCCUCGUUAGAGAUUUGUCAUUAUUGAAACAAGAAAUAUAUUACCACUCGUGUCCCUGUUUGAAUGCUGGUACAUGUAUUGGGACAGGCGUGUUUCUACCACCACUUGGAGAACGAGGUAUUUGUGGCGCGAAAAAGAAACAUUGUUCUUCCUGUGCGGAUUGUUCCCCCUCGGAAUGUUGUGUUAACAUAAGGAUAAUUGGUAAGAGAUCUGCCGACCGGAUGAAAAGACAAGAACAGGGACAAUGUGAACCUAUGGGAAAACAAGGUUCAGGUUGUCUUGUAAGGAACGCAUCUGGUAGACCUCAUGACGUUGUCCAGCAUUCAUGUCCGUGUCGAAAAGGUCUCACAUGUGUAGGAUCCGGAGUGAAUGAAAUUCCUGUAGGAGAGGUCGGGGUGUGUAGAAGAAAAGGUUAUUGAACGUAGAAGCAAAUAGACGUCAUUUAUUAAAGACAAUUAAUUAAAAGCAAGACUAAAAAUGAUAUGUCAACAAUAAAUAAGCACCGUCUCUUCAUGAUAUUUUUACAGAUGGUAAUAAAAUUACAAUGCAUUU